AUGAAUCUCGCCGACCAGCAGAACAUACAUCCCUUCUUCGCGAAGCCACACGGCCCUCAGGCAUCUGAACAUGCAAACGAUCCCGACUCAGCUCCGACGAACGCCGCCCCGCAAGACGAGAACCAACCCAACGUAGCCGACGUCACCAAAAAAUCGCAAGCGAAAGGGCGUCCGCUAGCAACAAGGAAUCGCACAACUAAGAGAAAGACCAACGAGGGUCCUGUUCCGCCGAAGGUGAAGCAGGCGUCAAUUGCCGCCUUCGCAGGCCUCAAAAAAGAAGGGAACAAUAUUGGGGAUGUGAGCGAGGCCACUUCACUUGACGAAGACCCUAAUGCUGGUCGGCGGAAGCGGCAAAGGACGAACUCACCUUUUCCUGAGGAGAGUACGCACAACGCAGCGGAAUGCUGCCCCGGAACCGUCGAUCAGGGAGGCAAGGAAACCGAGCAGGAGGACCAGCCAUCAUGGAUUGAACAACUGGAAACAGAGGCCGAGAGGAUACCGGAGACAGUUGAGGUCAAAGCUUCGAGCCCCAAGAGUUCCGCCGAAUGCGUAAAUCUUGCCGACUUGGAAGUCGUGCCCGGAACAUCUCCAGCGCCAAUGACCGGCGUAAUGGAGAACAGAAGGACGCCAGUGCCUCCGUCUUCGCCUCCAGUGGCAUACGAUUCCCCAGCGAAGUCUCAGAGGACCCCCAAAAAGGAUUCUGCUGACGGUUCACCGUCGCCAUCGAAGCCCUCGCCACCGAAGAAGAUGCUGCGUAUGAAUGCAAAAGGUCGCUUCAGCUCUCCCGUACCCAAAGAAUCGAGGGAUGAGGCCCCCGCCACAAUCAAUCAAAGGAAAACACGUAGUCGAGCGAACAAGAAAGGUCCGAAGCAGCUUGUCGUCAAGAUCUCAUAUAUAAAAGAUGAUGAGCGGGCAGUGCAGAUGGCCGAGGACAUUGAUAACAUUCUUGCGGGGGUAAAGCGUGCACCCGAACCGAAAACUCAUGUUCCGGCGAAAGUCAUUGCACCUCCAAAGGUUGCGAAACCGCCCGGACCUCCUAAACCGACGCAUCCUUUCUUCACCGGCAAAACACAGCGUAGAGACGUGGAUGUUGCAGAGUUCAAUCAGAGUGUUGCCGCCAAACCUGCAAUGGUGCUUGAGAAAGUCCCUAGCAGACGUGAGACUGCCAUUACUCCGGGAAAGCUACGAGCCCAGGCACGCGCAGAGCAUGAAAGCUUAGAAUCCCAAAGUUUCAGCAUGUUCGGCUCCUCUACCAGACCACGCAAAGCCUUCGGAGGUGCAGAGGCCCCCUGGCCUUGGAAAGGUGUUACUCGCGUCGGUGAUGGAGAAAGACUUGACACGUCUAUGGAGCUUUCAUCGUUCCCCUCAAUUUCAUCGCUCUUGGAGGAACGAAGAAAGCUCAAGGGGAUGGUGUACAAAGUUCCAGAUGCAGAAGCUAUAUUAUCGCUCGUUGCGCAGGAACCACACAUAAGCACCGGCUGGCGAGAGGAUCAAGAUGCCACUCGCCACAGUGUGGUGCGCUUUCCGCAACGUCUACUUACAACCAGUCCAGAUAUUCAACGGAGAGUACAUUCGGAGAUCCUUUCCUUCCAGCAACAUACCUUUGGCUCCGAAGCUGAAUUAGGUGACCAGUUCGCAUUGGAUGGAAAGCUAGUUCACCCGGCAUUGGCCGAUUUGUUUGAUGGGAUACCCGACGAACUCACCCCGUUCGACAAAGGACAUUGCGAAACUAUGUCGUGGACCCAGAAGUACGCGCCGAAGCAUAGUUUCAACGUUUUGGGCUCUACAACAGAAGUUUCUGUGCUUCGUAGGUGGCUUCAGGCGCUCAAAGUCAAUUCUGUUGGAGGAGCGUUAAAGGACCCGGGCACGAAAUCAAAGAAGGGCGGAGCAACGAAGCCACCGAAGAAAAAGAGAAAAAAGGAUGAACUGGAUGACUUUAUCGUCGAUGAUGAGGAUGUUCUGGACGACUUGGACGAGCUUACAGAUCCCGAGGAGACACCAGCCCCCGAUGCGAGCCAUGCCGUAAGGAAGUCGAUGGUCCGAUUCGGCGGUGACGUACCCACCCUUGGUGGUGGGAAGAAGCUACACAACCUACUACUCCUCAGCGGCCCUCAUGGAUCUGGGAAAACUGCCGCUGUGUAUGCUGUUGCAAAAGAACUGGGAUUUGAGGUAUUCGAGAUCAACCCUGGAAGUCGCCGUAGUGGCAAGGACGUGCUGGAGAAAAUCGGCGACAUGACGGAGAACCAUCUCGUCCAACGGCAUACUCAAGAGCAGCCUGAUACGGCUGCGGUUGAUUCAGAUACUGAACGUCUCACCAAUGCCGUUCAGAAAGAUAUUGAGAGCGGCCGACAGAAAAGUAUGAGUUCCUUUUUCAAGCCUACGGCUCAAUCACAGGCAAAGCCCAAAACUUUACCAAAGAAAAAGGUGACAGCCAAGACCACACAGGAGAAAGAGCAACCACCGCUCAUCAAGCCAAGACAGAAUCAGAAGCAGUCGCUCAUUCUCCUGGAAGAGGUCGAUGUUCUCUUCGAAGAUGAUAAGAAUUUCUGGCAAACAGUCGAGCAUCUUGCAUUGAAUUCCAGGAGACCAGUCAUAAUGACAUGCACGGACGAGCGCCUGUUUCAUGUCUCCAAAGACUCCUUGCACGCCAUUCUGCGCAUGUCUCCAGCAUCAACAGAUUUGGCUGCCGACUACUUGCUUCUGCUUGCCGCGAAGGAGGGUCAUUUACUAUCCCGGAAAACCGUCUCAAGUCUGUAUGAGAGUAAGAGUCAUGAUCUAAGGGCGACUAUAACGGAGCUCGAUUUCUGGUGCCAGAUGGCCGUAGGUGACCGCAAAGGAGGUUUGGAGUGGAUGUAUCAACGAUGGCCCCCCGGAAAGGACGUUGACGAACACGGCAAAGUUUUACGUGUGGCCAGCAAGGGUACCUAUCAAGCGGGCAUGGGUUGGAUUGAGCGUGACGUGCUCCUUGACGAGAAUCAUAUUGGAUUCGACAGGGAGUAUGAGCUCAUGCUCGAGAUGGUGGAGUCCUGGAAUAUCGAGCCUGAAACUUUCAGCUCUGUCGUCGUUCCGGAUCAUCCCAUGGGCACUGAACAGACUCAUGCAGAAGCGAACCUCAGGGCUCUGCAAGACAUGGACCGCUUGAUCGAUCUUUCGAGUGCAGUAGAUGUGUAUUGCAGAGUCGAUGUCCCUACACGCUCUAGGAUUCCAAUGGAUCCCACCCAGCCUUUGCUUCCAGAGAAGGCUCGCACCGACUAUAUCGACGGCUACGAUUUCCUUCAAGCUGACACACUGGCUGAUUUCACCAACUUCGACACUCACUUGGCUGUGAGCUCGCAUCUGGCUGCCAGACGCUAUGUACUUGCCUCCUCAACCAUACCACUAGCAGCUCCCGCCGCCCUUGAUGAGCGCAACAUCGACAAAACCAUCCUCGAUCACAUCACAUCCAGCCGUCAACCCCAGUCCCUCACACGCGCCGACUUCUACGUCUUCGACCCUCUCGCCGAACCACCCUCGGCCGCCCUCAACAGCACAGUCAGCGCCGGCAGCGUGACGGCCUCCUCUUUCGACCGCACCUUCCGCCUGCUGGCCGAGGAGCUCGCACCCUACGUGCGCAACAUCGCCGCGCACGACAUCCACCUCGAGAACGAACGUUUGCGCAUCAGCAACCUGCUAAGCGCCGGCGGCGGGAAGCCGAAGCGGCUGCGCACGACGAGAGCGGCGCGGAGCGCGCUGGAAGGCGGGCGCAGGGAGAACACGCGCAGGGAGCGAUGGUUCGACAAGUCGCUGAACCUGGCGGCCGUGCUGAAGACGGCUGGGAAAGAGUGGGCGGGGUCGGGGUCAUCGUCGUCGGCGGCGACGGCGACGAUUGGAGAGAGGAAUACUACGGAGACGGGGAGUGCGACGAGUGGUGGGGAUGGUGGUAGUGAUGUGGAGAUGGCGGGUUGA